AUUCUCCCGCGUUUCUUUGCGCAUGCGCAGUUUAGAAAUUUUGAGAAGUAGAGGCUAUUUCCGAAGUUCAUUCUCUCUCUGACACAAGUUUAUAUAUAUUACUCUAAAAAUAUACAUGAGCCUUUUCUUUUAAACUAUUUAUCAAUAACAUAAGUGAAAGAUAGAACGUAAACAAAACGUAAACAAAACUAUAAAAAAUAAUAAUGGAUACUGAUAAAGAAAAAAAUAGUUGUACGUUUUUAUUUAAAAAACGAAAAAUACGCAACAAUGCCACUCGACAACGUAAAAACUCAUCAGGAAGUAGUGAAGAUGAAACCAAGGUAGUAAAAAAAGAACGCAGAAACUUGGGUCCAAAUCCUUUACGACAAAGUACGAAUACAUCAAGUAAACGAAAAACAACAAAGACAGAGAGCAGUGAAGAUGAAGAAAAUAUAACAGUCUCAUAUAAAAGCCGUAGAACAGCAGUAGUAGCAGGUCCAAGUGAUCAAGGUGCAACUGCAGUAAUUGAAACAGAAACAGAAUUAGAAAAAGACGCUCAAUCAAUAUUUGAACGGGCACAGAAAAUAAAUGAAGAACUUGAGGGUAAAGAAGAUGAUAAAAUAUACCGUGGAUUAAAUAAUUACUCUCAGUAUUACAAGAAAAAAGACACUGCUGCUGGUAAUGCAUCCAGUGGAAUGGUACGUAAAGGUCCAAUAAGAGCACCUGCGAAUUUACGUGCCACUGUACGAUGGGAUUACCAACCAGAUAUUUGUAAAGAUUAUAAAGAGACGGGUUACUGUGGAUUUGGAGACAGUUGUAAAUUUUUACACGACCGUUCGGAUUAUAAAUUAGGCUGGCAACUUGAACGCGACGCAGUCACUGGUGCUGGAAAUAGCGGCGACGAAGAUGAUAAAAAAUACGAAAUCGACAGUGAUGAAGAUAAUUUACCAUUUAAAUGUUUCAUCUGUCGCGAUACAUUUGUUGAUCCCAUUGUUACUAAAUGUAAGCAUUAUUUCUGUGAAAAAUGUGCCUUAGAGCAGUACAAAAAAUCAACUAGAUGUUACGUAUGUAAUGUUCAAACAAACGGUGUUUUUAAUCCUGCUAAAGAAAUAAUUGCGAGAGUUAAAUCUGAAGAUAAUAAAAUAGCUCAUAAGUCCAGUGACGAGAAUAGUGAUGAUGAUAAUUGUUAAAUGUUAAAUUGAUUCUGAGAAACUGAUGUCCGUAGUUUGGAGUUGAUGUUUUACGGAGGAUAUAACAUAGCGUUGAAUGUACAGCAGUCAAUGUGUGUCAGUUGGAUAGUAUUCACUCGAGACAGCUUAUGUGUCGCGUGGGUAGCUAAAUAUGUGAGUGUGUGUUUGUGUCCGAGGGACCGACUCACUGUCUUUUAAAUCGAUACAAAACACACAAGACAAAAUAAUAUUUUUUUCAUUUUGUAUAUUUAACAAUAAUUAUUUUAAUAAAAAUGUGUAGAUAAUUGUU